UUAAGGUCAAUCCACCGCCGACUGUGUGACCUCUCAAGAGACGACCGGUUUCUUCUUUUAGAAAAUAUAGGUUUUCUUAGGGGUUUAAAAUGUUUGCAGUUGUGUCCAAAUCUGGGGCGUUGGCACCAUACUUUUCUGCUACAUCACAGUGUGUAGCCUCACAAGCAAGAGCGACUAUCGUAGCUUUUCAAAUUGUCGGUGAAAAGAUAACGGUUCCGCCACAAAAAGAGUCGAGGACAACUGAAGCCCUCAGCCGUUUGCUUCCGAAAGGUCCACUCACUGCAAUUUCUGGGGUUCAAGGUAGAAGCCAUGUCAGAUUUGCACACACUGAUAUAUCCGUACCAGAUUUCUCAGAUUACAAGAGGCCACAAGGCAAAGAAGAGAGUUCCACAAUGCCCAAGGCAUUCUCCUAUAUGAUAGUUGGAGGGGGAGGGGUUGCCGCAGCUUAUGCUGGCAAGUCCCUUGUAACAAAUCUGUUGUCAACAAUGAGUGCUUCAGCUGAUGUAUUAGCAUUGGCUAAGAUUGAAGUCAAACUUGCUGAUAUACCUGAGGGAAAGAAUGUUACAUUUAAAUGGAGAGGUAAACCCCUUUUCAUUCGUCAUCGAACACAAGAAGAGAUUGAGGAUGUAUUAAGUGUUGACAUUGCAUCUCUUCGUGACCCGGAACAUGACACGGCACGAGUCAAAAUGCCGGAGUGGCUCGUGCUCAUCGGUGUGUGUACUCAUUUAGGCUGUGUACCGAUUGCCAAUUCUGGUGACUUUGGUGGAUACUAUUGUCCUUGCCAUGGGUCCCACUAUGAUGCAUCUGGUCGUAUUAGGAAGGGCCCAGCACCACUCAACCUCGAAGUUCCCGUUCACGAGUUUCAAGAUGAUUUAGUAAUUGUUGGAUAAAACUGAUUGUUUACUGUAUUAUAUCAACAUUUGUUACUAGCAAUUUAAAUUGAAAUAAAGACUUUAAAUCUCAAGACCUGAUGUGAUUUUUACUAUUAGCAUAAUAUAUUGUUCAUUAUAACUGUUGCUUGGAGUAGAAAUUGGUUUAAAAUUAAUUUUAAAAAAAAUACAUUGAAGUAUUUUUAUAAUAUAUGCAAUUAUUAUAAAAAUACAUUUAGUAUUUACACAAAGCAAUUUAUUUUCAAAACAUCCAAGAAGGCAUUAUUAACCAUUCUCAUUAUAAUGUAUAAUCAUAACCAACAGUAUUUAUUAUAUGUGUAACUGUUAUAACUUUAGUAUGCAAUAUCAAACUGGUUUAAAAUAAAUAAUUUCAGAAUAUUACUACUGUAUCUAAUAAAACACAUUGUUGCCAGUUAACUGAAAUGUUGAGAUUGAAAAUGUUAACGCUGGACAGUUGCAAUCACAUCAAGUGUACAAAUAAAUAUUCUACAUAUUGAAGGAUAA